GAAGUUACCUUGGAGAUAAAUAAACAACAAAUUCAAGCGGUUCGACCUCAAAAUUUUCAAUAAAAAAUCAAUUCAAUAAAAACGUUUAUAGCAGACAGAAGGCAUAAUAUUUUUGCUGAAAAUAUAUUUUGCUAAUAAUUUCAUUUACAUACUUUCCACGGCUUCUAAAAGACUGUUAGAAGAUGCUGUUAAACAAAGAAUACUGGAAGCAAGUGAUACAAGAAAUCGAAGAUGCGGCGCAUCAGAAAACACUUAAAGACCUCAUCAAAGACUAUGACCUCUCUGUCACUUUGCCAGAGGAUUUGCAACAGCGUGUUAAAAAGAUAAUGCCUUAUGAGUUUGACGAAUACGACCGUCUAGUGUAUAUUGCAGAGUCUGCAGUGGAGACGCCGAAAUCCUUCGACGUACAGGAGUCUACGGAGGAUGAAUUUGACCACCGAAAAGUGAAAAAGAAGGCGGUUUUCAAUGAAAGUACAUGCUCCGAAAUCGAACGUAUGGAGAAUGAGUUUGACAAAUUCGAAAUGAAACUGGAUACUGGCGUGGAACGUAAGGCGAAGGCUAAAAAGCAGAUUAACUGGACUUCGGGUUACAUAUGCAAACCACGACGGGAACGCGUUAAAUGGGAUACGAAAAUUUACCAUUUAGAACGCAGUCUGGCAGAGAAAACAUUAGAUGAGCAGGCGGAAUGCUUGAUGGAUGCGUCAGCAGAGCGUUUCACCGAGUGGCUCAACUCUGUGAGCAACAAUCGCGAGACUGACAUAUCAAAAACUCAACUGAAAUCGCUAUUCUCCAUAGAGGGUGACCGCCGUCUCUUAGCUUCGAUACAAACCGAGCCGAAAGAGGUGAAAGCCAUCGCUAAAGCAGUGGCGGACAAGUGGAAUUUGCCAGAGAUGGCCAUUGAGCUGAAGUAUGAGAAUUACAUCAAAGAUUUGUUGAAACACGUACCAAAGAAGGUGAUAAAAGUGGCUUUUGGACGUACAGUACCAUAUGAGGAGCGUCCUUGGAUACCCAUGGAUCGUGAUCGUUUGAUAACCACGGUAUUUCCCGAUGAACUACUCUCCGGUGCGAAAUUAUUCAAGGGCAUUGGACAUCUGCGUUCAGUGAAGACACUCAAAGAUUUCUACCAGCAACGUCCACAUUUGAAGCGACCCAAGUACUUGGAGAAAACUGGACUUUUCAGAAAGACCAAGAAAACGACCACAAAGCAAGAAAUUCCAUUGUACGAGUUGCUCAAGUUGGAGUACUAAGGUUAUGUGCGGGACAAGUUUCAAUCCUAAUUUUGUAUCAAAUAUAAUUUUAAAUCGGCUACACUUCUCAACAAUAA